AUGGCCUCGGGCACAUCCAUCACGGCAAUGAGGGAGGAAGCCACGUGCUCCAUCUGCCUGGAGCUGAUGACUGGGCCAGUGAGCAUAGACUGUGGGCACACCUUCUGUUGCACCUGCAUCAUGCAAUUUUUUGAGAACCAGAAACAGGAGUCAUUAUUACUGGGGACCUUCCAGUGUCCUGUAUGUAGGGCAUAUUUUCAGCAGGAGAGCAUCCGGCCAAUAAAGCAGCUAGAAAACCUCAUUGACACAAUCAAGAAAGUGGAGCAUGAAAGUUUGUGUGAGGAACAUGGAGAAAAGCUCUGCCUGUUCUGUGAAGACGAUAGUCAGUUCAUCUGCUGGCGCUGUGAGCGGACAGCACAGCACCAAGGCCACACCACGGUCCUUAUUGAAGAGGUAAGUCCAAGAUCUAAAAUGUUCCAGGAAACUGUGACGAAACUGAGGGAAGUGAAUGAUGAAUAUAAGACAUUGAAGCUGGACACAGAAGAUCAAAUAACAAAAUGGAAAAGUGUUCUAGAGCAUAGGCGACAAAGGAUCCAAUCUGAAUUUAAGAAUCUCCAUACAUUUCUGCACGAGGAGGAGAAGUCUUAUCUAUGGAGACUAGAGGAAGAGAAAAAGAAAAUCUCAACAGUGCUGGAGAACAGAGUAGCCACCCUAGAAAACAAGAGCCAGGAACUGCAGAUGUGUAUCCUGGAGCUGGAGAGGAAUCGGAAGGGCUCAGCACAUGAACUGCUGAAGGAUACGACAGACACCUUGAACAUGAUGUCUGCCAUGGCAUUCAAUACACCGAAGUCUUUCUAUAGGAAUGUUCGUACCAUGUGCACUGUUUCUGAACUCUACUUUGAUCCAAAGAAAAUUUUAGAGCAAUAUCAAGCUAUCAUCACUCUGGAUCAAGAUACAGCUCACAGUGUCCUACAUCUGUCUGAGGAUGGGAAGAAAGUGUCUUAUGGACCCCCCCAGAGGAAGCGUGAAACACCUUGGAGGUUUCAAGUCUUACCCUGUGUCCUGGGAUGUCAGACCUUCACUUCAGGACGACAUUACUUUGAAGUGUCCAUACCAAAGGGACCUGAGUGGGAUGUAGGAGUUUGUCUGGAAAAUGUGCCAAGGGACAAUGAAGUGACACUAGAUUCCGAGAAUGGAUUCUGGGCCAUUCGACUGUGCAAACAGAAUGACUAUGUCGCCCUUACCUCUCCCCUCACUCCGCUUUGUCUGAGGGAAUUGGCUUGGUCUGUGGGGGUUUUCCUGGACUAUGAAGCUGGACUUGUAUCAUUUUACAACAUGUACAAUGGUUCCCACAUCUUCACCUUCCCAAAGGCCUCCUUCUCUGAGCCCCUCAGGCCCUAUUUCCGUAUUGGUAAAGGUUCUCAUUUAUAUCUUCCUUCAGUUUAG